ACGCAGACAACAAAAACAUUGAAAGGAAGCAAGAAAGAAAGAAAGAGCUCCUCUCCUCUCUCUACUCUUGUUCUCUUUCUUCCUUCCUUCUCUUUCCACUCCAAAGUCGCAUUUUUUUCCACCACUCCUCAAAAUCAACUUCAAUCUUUUUUCCAUUUUCUUUAUCAGAUCUUGCUCAUCGAUCCUCAAUUCACUUCGAUCGAUCGAUCGAUCAAUCUGUUUCUUCAAUCUCAAUUUAUAUUAUUAUAUGUAAAAUUUAUUUUUGACUUUCAACUUCUUUGCUUUGAAUUUUGUUGUUUUUUCGGAGUUGAGAAAUUUUGGGGAUAAGGGUAUAUUGAGGUCGGAGAUCCUUCUAGAUUAUUGCUAAUCUAGAAGGAUUUGGAUCUGCCGGAGUUUGAUCGGCCUCCGGUGGGAUAUUCGUUGGAUGAGAAAGUUUUCAUAUCGGAAAAACAAUGAAAUGGGGUACAUUGUUUAAAGAUUUCAAAGAAAAAGUCGGUCUCUCUCAGACUCCUUCCUCUCCUUCUUCAUCUUCCUCGUCUUUUAACCGAUACAACAAUGUCACUUCAACCACACAAGACUCAUCUGCAUCUUCAUCUUCAUCGUCUUCAAGAGAUAAAAUUGAAUUGGAAUUGGACUUCAAGAGACAUUGGGAAGAGUUCCGUUCGUCAAGUUCUGAAAAGGCAAAAGAAACGGCCUUGAAUAUGACUGUAGAUGUUUUUUGUAGAUUAGUAAAGCAGCAUACUAAUGUAGCUCAGUUACUUACCAUGUUAGUUGAAACACAUAUAUUCUCUUUUGUUGUGGGGAGGGCAUUUGUAACAGAUAUUGAGAAGUUAAAAAUCAGUAGUAAAUCAAGAUCUUUGGAUGUUGGGAGAGUGUUAAGCUUUUUCUCAGAAGUCACAAAGGAUGGCAUCAAACCUGGUUCAAAUUUGUUAAAUGCAGUGGAAGUCCUUGUAUCUGGGCCUAUUGAUAAACAAUCUCUCCUUGACUCUGGGAUUUUAUGUUGUCUCAUCCAUAUUCUCAAUGCUCUUUUGGGUCCUGAUGAUGGGAAUCACCAGCAAAAGGUUUCUACUGAGGAGAGUCUGUUACUGUCUGAGGAAAAUUAUGAUGACGAUGUUGGUCAAGUCUACCGGCUUGAGGUAGAAGGAAGUGUAGUGCAUAUUAUGAAGGCAUUGGCAAACCACCCUUCAGCCGCACAGAGUUUGAUUGAGGAUAAUUCACUUCAGCUACUCUUUCAGAUGGUUGCAAAUGGGUCUUUGCUUGUUUUCUGUCAAUAUAAGGAAGGUCUCGUACCAUUACACACCAUCCAGCUUCACAGACAUGCAAUGCAGAUUCUUGGUCUUCUUUUGGUUAAUGACAAUGGAAGCACAGCCAAGUAUAUACACAAGCAUCACCUGAUAAAAGUACUUCUAAUGGCUGUCAAGGAUUUUAAUCCUGAUUGUGGCGACCCUGCCUAUACCAUGGGCAUUGUGGACUUGUUACUUGAAUGUGUGGAAUUAUCGUACAGACCUGAGGCUGGUGGUGUCAGGCUCAGGGAGGAUAUCCAUAAUGCUCAUGGUUAUCAAUUCCUUGUACAGUUUGCGUUAAUUCUUUCAAAAAAUCUGGGCAUUGAGGCUGUAGAUACAGAGUCUUUCGCUGAUCAAAAUUCUGCUUCGGAAGGUUCACAUACAACUAGUGUAGGAAGACGGGAUUCAAGAGAAAAUGGAGAUGACACCUCUGCACAGAAUCUCUCGCCGGUGCUUUCUAGGUUGCUUGAUGUUCUUGUUAAUUUAGCUCAAUUAGGUCCCGGUGAAACUACAGGAUCUGCUGGGUUCAAAGUUACAAAAAAUUCACAUAAUAAGCCUAGUGGCCACAGCAGAAGUCGUACAACUUCUUCGGACCGGCUUGCUGAUGAAACUUGGGAAAAAGGUAAUUACAAAGUUAAGGACCUAGAAGCUGUCCAGAUGUUGCAGGACAUUUUUCUGAAAGCUGAAAGCAGAGAACUGCAGGCAGAAGUUCUAAACAGAAUGUUUAAGAUAUUCUCAAGUCAUCUUGAAAACUACAAGUUGUGUCAGCAGUUACGGACUGUGCCACUGUUGAUCCUAAAUAUGGGUGACUUCCCACCAUCUUUGCAGGAGAUAAUAUUGAAAAUUCUUGAGUAUGCUGUAACUGUUGUGAAUUGCAUACCUGACCAAGAAUUGCUUUCACUUUGUUGCUUAUUGCAGCAACUGAUAACAUCGGAACUGAAACUCAGUAUUCUUUCUUUCUUUGUAAAACUCCUGUCCUUUGAUCAUCAAUACAAGAGAGUCCUACGAGAAGUUGGUGUGCUUGAGGUUCUGUUAGAUGAUCUGAAACAACACAAGUUUCUUUUGGGCUCAGACCAACCCAAUAGGGACUCUAAUCAAUUGGAUAGAAAAUCCAGCUCAACUAGUUUUAAAAAACACUUGGACGGUAAGGAUGCAAUUCUUUCUUCACCCAAGCUACUGGAAUCUGGUUCUGGGAAGUUUCCUCUUUUUGAAGUUGAGGGUACAAUUGAGGUUGCAUGGGAUUGUAUGGUUUCCAUACUAAAGAAAGCAGAUGCUAACCAAGCAGCAUUCCGUUCAGCCAAUGGUGUGACCACUGUGCUCCCUUUUUUGGCUUCUAAUAUUCACCGUCUAGGGGUCCUCCGGGUGUUGUCAUGUUUAAUCAUUGAAGAUGUUGCACAGGCUCAUCCAGAAGAAUUGGGUGCACUAGUUGAAGUUCUAAAAAGUGGGAUGGUUACAAAUGUUUUGGGAUCUCAGUACAGCCUCUUAAGUGAUGCAAAAUGUGACACGUUUGGAGCAAUAUGGCGCAUCCUGGGAGUUAAUAAUUCAGCUCAGAGGGUCUUUGGUGAAUCCACUGGGUUUUCUCUUCUACUAACCACACUCCAUAGCUUUCAGAGUGAUGGAGAGCAUGGGAACCAAUCUUUCUUAAUGGUUUACAUUAAGGAAUUUACAUAUCUAUUGCGUGUGGUGACUGCUGGGGUGUGUGAUAAUGCUGUCAAUCGGACAAAGUUGCACACAAUAAUAUCAUCCCAUACUUUUUAUGAUCUUCUCUUUGAUUCUGGCUUGAUUUGUGUUGAGUAUGAAAGGCAAGUCAUACAGUUGUUGUUAGAACUCGCUUUAGAACUGGUGCUUCCACCAUCAUUGACAUCAGAAACUGUGGCAUCAUCUGAUUUGAUCGGAACUGGGUCUGCUGGUUUUCUUCUAAUUACUCCGGCAGGUUCCUUCACUCCUGAUAAGGAAAGGGUGUAUAAUCCCAGUGCCGUAAGAGUACUCCUACGCUCAUUGUUGCUGUUUACUCCAAAGGUGCAGUUAGAUGUGCUGAACCUUGUUGAGAAGCUUGCUCAUGCUGGCUCCUUCAAUAAGGAGCAUCUCACUUCUGUAGGUUGUGUGGAACUUCUUCUGGAGACAAUAUACCCAUUCCUUUCAGGCUCAUCGCCAUUAGUUGUCCAUGCUUUGAAGAUUGUGGAAGUCCUUGGGGCAUAUAGGUUGUCAGCAUCGGAACUUCGAAUCCUGGUUCGAUAUAUUUUGCAAAUGAGAUUGAAGAAUUCAGGUCGUAUUCUUGUGGAUAUGAUGGAGAAGUUAAUUCUUAUGGAAGAUAUGGCUUUGGAAAAUGUCUCCCCGGCACCAUUUGUAGAGAUGGACAUGAGUAAGAUAGGGCAUGCUUCUAUUCAGGUGUCAUUGGGGGAAAGGUCUUGGCCUCCUGCUGCUGGUUAUUCUUUUGUUUGUUGGUUUCAAUUCCAGAAUUUCCUGAGAUCACAACCAAAGGAAUCAGAAGCUUCCAAGGCAGGACCUUCUAAAAGGCGGAGCACUUCUAAUGGGCUGCACAAUGGGGCACGAGUUCUCCGGAUCUUUUCUGUUGGUGCAGCAGACAAUGUUAACACCUCAUAUGCAGAACUUUGCCUUCAAGAAGAUGGUGUUCUGACCCUUGCAACAAGUAACUCUAGCUCCUUGUCAUUUUCAGGGUUAGAACUAGAUGAAGGCAGGUGGCAUCAUCUUGCAGUUGUUCAUAGCAAACCAAAUGCUUUGGCUGGACUAUUCCAAGCUAGUUUUGCACAUGUGUAUCUUAAUGGAAAGCUAAAGCACACAGGAAAACUAGGAUAUUCUCCUUCUCCAGUUGGGAAACCUCUUCAGGUAACCAUUGGGACACCGGUUACUUGUGCAAGGGUUAGUGACUUGUCGUGGAAACUCCGGUGUUGCUAUCUUUUUGAAGAGGUGCUCACAUCAGGUUCUGUUUGUUUCAUGUACAUUCUUGGUAGAGGAUAUAGGGGGCUCUUCCAAGACACAGAUCUUUUGCGAAUUGUUCCUGAUCAGGCUUGCGGUGGGGGUAGUAUGGCCAUCUUAGAUUCGUUAGAGACGGACUUGCCUUUAGCUUCCAAUGUGCAAAGACCUGAAAGUGCUAGCAAGCAAGGUAGCUCUAAGGCAGAUCGUAGUGGAAUUGUGUGGGAUUUGGAAAGACUAGGGAACCUCUCCCUACAGCUUUCUGGAAAGAAGCUUAUAUUUGCAUUUGAUGGAUCAUGUACAGAAGCUUCCCGAGCAUCUGGAACAUUUUCUAUGCUCAAUCUAGUUGAUCCUAUGUCAGCUGCUGCUUCUCCUAUAGGGGGUAUACCACGUUUUGGACGUCUUCAUGGGGAUUCCUACAUCUGUAGGCAAUGUGUGAUUGGCGAUAGCAUCCGCCCUGUUGGUGGGAUGGCUGUUGUCCUUGCUCUUGUUGAAGCUGCUGAAACCAGAGAUAUGCUUCACAUGGCCCUCAUAUUACUUGCAUGUGCACUUAAUCAAAAUCCACAGAAUGUGCGAGAUAUGCAAACAUAUAGAGGAUACCAUUUGCUAGCUGUAUUUCUGCAUCGCCGAAUGUCAUUGUUUGACAUGCAGUCACUUGAGACCUUUUUCCAGAUUGCUGCGUGUGAAGCUUCUUUCUCCGAACCAAAGAAGCUGGAAAAUACUCGUCGUAGUCUGCUACCUGCUGCAACUAUUCAUGAAACCAGCCUUGAGAAUCUUGGUUUGUUAAAAUUGCGUGAUGAAUCUUCUUCAGUUGGAUCUCAUGGAUAUAUGGAUGAUUUUUCUGCCCAUAAAGAUUCAUUUAGUCAUGUUUCAGAGCUUGAAAAUGCUGACAUGUCCGCUGAAACAUCAAAUUGCAUUGUAUUGUCAAACGCAGAUAUGGUUGAGCAUGUCUUGUUGGACUGGACCUUGUGGGUAACAGCCCCAGUUUCUAUUCAAAUUGCACUACUAGGCUUUCUUGAGCAUCUAGUCUCUAUGCAUUGGUAUAGGAAUCAUAACCUCACCAUUUUGCGCCGAAUUAACCUGGUUCAACAUUUACUUGUAACUCUGCAGAGAGGUGAUGUCGAAGUUCCUGUCUUGGAAAAAUUGGUCAUGUUAUUAGGAGUCAUUUUGGAAGAUGGCUUUUUGGAUUCUGAACUGGAACAUGUGGUUAGGUUCGUAAUUAUGACAUUUGAUCCACCUGAACUGACAUCACGGAAUCCAAUUAUGCGGGAGUCGAUGGGAAAGCAUGUUAUUGUAAGAAAUAUGUUGCUUGAGAUGCUAGUUGAUUUACAAGUGACAAUAAAAUUAGAAGAGUUGCUUGAGCAGUGGCAUAAGAUUGUUUCAUCCAAAUUGAUAACUUAUUUCCUCGACGAAGCUGUUCAUCCUACAAGUAUGAGAUGGAUCAUGACUCUGCUUGGCGUGAGUCUUGUCUCUUCCCCUACAUUUGCACUCAAGUUUCGCACUAGUGGAGGUUAUCAAGGUUUGGCACGGGUGCUUCCUAGUUUCUAUGAUUCCCCCGACAUAUACUAUAUACUCUUUUGUAUGAUAUUUGAGAAGCCUGUUUACCCAAGACUACCUGAGGUUCGAAUGCUGGACUUCCAUGCCCUAAUGCCAAGCGAUGGAAAUCAUGAAGAGUUGAAAUUUGUGGAAAUGUUGGAUUCUGUGAUUGCAAUGGCAAAGUCUACAUUUGAUUGGUUGUGCAGACAGUCGAUGCUUGCUCACCAAACUGGCAAUCUUUCCCAGGUCACUGCUGGCCUAGUGGCAGAGCUUGCGGAAGGAAAUACAGAUAUGGCCGGAGAGCUUCAGGGUGAAGCUCUGAUGCAUAAAACCUAUGCAGCUCGCUUAAUGGGUGGAGAGGCGUCAGCUCCUGCUGCUGCAACUUCAGUCCUGAGAUUCAUGGUUGAUCUGGCAAAAAUGUGCCCCCCUUUCUCUGCUGUUUGCAGACGGGCAGAAUUUCUUGAAAGCUGUAUUGGCCUUUAUUUUUCAUGUGUUAGGGCUGCUCAUGCAGUGAAGAUCGCGAAAGAACUUUCUGUGAAGACAGAAGAGAAGAGUUUAAAUGAUUAUGAUGAUACCGGUAGCUCUCAGAAUUCAUUCUCUAGCUUGCCUCAUGAACAGGAUCAGUCUGUUGAAACCUCCAUAAGCGUUGGAAGCUUCCCUCGAGCGCAGGAAUCAAACAAGCCAGAGCAAGAUGUACAAGCUGUUCUGAGCAUAGAUGGUGAAGCUAAUGAUCAGGUGUCCACCGCUGCUUCCAGCACUAGUGAGUUCAGUUUCCAUGAUAUUCAAGGCACGCAGGAUACAAUUCACCAGGAAGAUUCUCAAAGUUCUGCGUCUUUAACUAUAUUUGAUUCUCCCAUGUUAACGGAGAAAUCUAAUUCCUGGAUCCAUCUCACGCCCUCCUCAUCCCCAGUCGUUGCAUUGACAUCUUGGUUGGGUGGUUCAAGUCGUAGUGAAUCAAGAGCUCAAUCUGUUGCCACCCCUUCUGUUGAAUCUUUUGUGUCUAUGAGUGAACAAGAUCCAUCUUCAGACUUGAAGUCCAGUUCUCAAGGACCAUUUGCUGCCAACACAUUUUCUGCUGUUAAUCCGAAGCUUCUUCUUGAAAUGGAUGAUUCUGGCUAUGGCGGUGGUCCUUGUUCUGCUGGAGCUACUGCUGUUUUAGAUUUUAUGGCAGAAGUUUUUUCAGACUUUAUAACUGAACAGCCGAAAGCUGCACAAGUUAUAGAGAGUAUUUUGGAAAGUGUUCCUUUAUAUGUUGAUGCUGAAUCUGUAUUAGUUUUUCAGGGUCUUUGCCUUAGUAGACUGAUGAACUUCCUUGAAAGGCGUCUCUUACGUGAUGAUGAGGAAAAUGAGAAAAAGCUAGAUCAGAGCCGCUGGUCCUUGAACUUGGAUGCAUUAUGUUGGAUGAUUGUGGAUCGCGUUUAUAUGGGUGCUUUUCCUCAGUCUGCUGGUGUUCUAAGAACUCUGGAAUUCUUAUUGUCUAUGUUACAGUUGGCAAACAAAGAUGGUCGGAUUGAAGAAACAGCUGCUGCUACUGGAAAAGGACUCCUAUCUAUCGGAUUUGGAAGCAGGCAGCUUGAUGCUUAUAUACAUGCAAUUCUGAAAAAUACAAAUCGUAUGAUAUUGUACUGCUUCCUUCCAUCAUUCUUGAUCACCAUAGGAGAGGACAAUCUUCUUUCAUGCAUGGGUUUGCAAAUUGAACCAAAGAGGAGAUUGUCCCCAUACUCUUCACAAGAAGAUACAGGGGUUGAUAUAUGUACUGUUUUACAGUUAUUGGUUGCCCACAGGCGAAUAAUAUUCUGUCCCAGCAAUAUUGAUACUGAUCUCAAUUGCUGUCUUUGUAUAAAUUUAAUAUCUCUUCUCCGCGACCAAAGACGAAAUGCGCAGAACAUGGCAGUUGAUGUUCUCAAGUAUCUUCUGGUGCAUCGCAGGGCUGCCCUGGAAGACCUACUUGUGUCCAAACCAAACCAAGGACCGCAUCUGGAUGCUCUGCAUGGUUUUGACAGACUUUUAAGUGGAAGUUUAUCUGAUUUCUUUGAGUGGUUUCAGAGUUCCGAUCAUGUUGUUAAUAAAGUCUUGGAACAGUGUGCUGCUAUUAUGUGGGUGCAGUAUAUUGCUGGGUCGGCAAAGUUUCCUGGAGUGCGAAUAAAAGGCAUGGAUAGUCGUCGUAAGAGAGAAAUAGGGAGAAGAUCACGGGACAUCUCAAAGUUAGACCAAAGACACUGGGAGCAGGUAAAUGAACGGAGAUAUGCACUUGAAGUGGUUCGUGAUGAGAUGUCUACUGAAUUGAGAGUGGUUCGUCAAGAUAAGUACGGAUGGGUACUUCAUGCUGAAAGCAAGUGGCAAACACAUCUCCAACAACUUGUACAUGAAAGAGGAGUCUUCCCAAUGUCUAAAUCCUCUGUGAAUGAAGAUAUAGAAUGGCAACUUUGUCCCAUUGAAGGUCCAUAUAGAAUGCGGAAAAAACUUGAAAGGUGCAAAUUGAAGAUUGAUACGAUUCAGAAUGUUUUGAAUGGGCAGUUUGAAUUGGGGGUAGAAGAGCUUUCAAAAGAAAAAAAUGAGAAUGAUUUUGAUGCUUCUGAUGCUGAAUCUGAUUUGUUUUUUAAUCUUUUGACUGAUGAUAUAAAACAAGAUUCUUUUGAUGAUGAGCUCUAUGAUGGAUCAAUUUUCAAAGAAUCAGGUGAUGUUAGAGAUGUAGCUUCUAGUAGGGCUGGGUGGAAUGAUGACCGUGCGAGCAGUAUAAAUGAAGCAAGUCUUUAUUCUGCUCCUGAAUUUGAUGCCAAGUCCGCAGCAGAAUCUGUCCCAAAAGCAGAGAGCACACAAGGAAGGUCUGAUUUAGGAUCUCCAAGGCAAUCUUCUUCAAUGAAAAUAGAUGCAGUGAAAGUGAUGGAUGAUAAAUUAGAUAAGGAACUAAAUGAUAAUGGUGAAUACUUAAUUAGACCUUAUCUGGAGCCCCUUGAAAAGAUAAAAUUCAGAUACAACUGUGAAAGAGUCAUAGGUCUUGACAAACAUGAUGGUUUAUUUCUGAUUGGUGAACUAUCCUUGUAUGUAAUUGAGAAUUUUUACAUUGAUGAUUCUGGGUGCAUAUGUGAAAAGGAAUGUGAAGAUGACCUCUCUGUUAUCGAUCAGGCCUUGGGUGUAAAGAAAGAUAUUUCAUGCAGUAUGGAUUCCCAUUCCAAGUCAAAUUCAUCCUGGGGUACAACGGUGAAGGCAUAUGUUGGGGGAAGGGCUUGGGCCUAUAAUGGUGGUGCAUGGGGAAAGGAAAAGAUUUGUAGUAGUGGUAAUGUACCUCAUCCUUGGCGCGCAUGGAAGCUUAAUAGUGUUCAUGAAAUUUUGAAGCGCGAUUACCAGCUUCGUCCUGUUGCUAUUGAGUUAUUUAGCAUGGAUGGAUGUAAUGACCUCCUGGUCUUCCACAAAAAAGAGAGGGAAGAAGUUUUCAAAAAUUUGGUGGCCAUGAAUUUGCCAAGAAACAGCAUGUUGGACACUACAAUUUCGGGGUCAACAAAGCAAGAUAGCAAUGAGGGUAGCCGUCUUUUUAAGAUUGUAGCUAAAUCCUUUUCCAAGAGGUGGCAAAAUGGAGAAAUUACCAAUUUCCAGUACCUCAUGCACCUCAAUACUCUUGCGGGACGUGGAUACAGUGAUCUAACCCAGUAUCCAGUGUUUCCUUGGGUUCUUGCAGAUUAUGAGAGUGAAAAUCUGGACUUGUCAGAUCCCAAAACAUUCCGUACACUUGAGAAGCCAAUGGGUUGUCAAACAUUAGAUGGGGAAGAAGAAUUCAAGAAAAGGUAUGAGACAUGGGAUGAUCCAGAGGUUCCUAAAUUUCACUAUGGUUCUCAUUACUCUAGUGCUGGGAUUGUUCUCUUCUAUCUUCUACGCCUGCCACCAUUCAGUAUGGAGAAUCAGAAGCUGCAAGGAGGACAGUUUGACCAUGCUGAUCGUCUUUUCAAUAGUGUACGAGAUACAUGGUUAAGUGCUGCUGGCAAGGGCAAUACUUCAGAUGUAAAGGAAUUGAUUCCAGAAUUCUUCUAUAUGCCAGAGUUCCUGGAAAAUCGUUUCAAUCUUGACUUGGGAGAGAAACAGUCAGGAGAAAAGGUUGGUGAUGUCGUGUUACCUCCUUGGGCCAAAGGCAGUUGUAGAGAGUUUAUCAGGAAGCACAGGGAAGCAUUGGAAUCUGAUUAUGUUUCAGAAAAUCUUCAUCACUGGAUAGACCUGAUCUUUGGAUAUAAACAGAGAGGGAAGGCUGCCGAAGAAGCUGUGAACGUUUUCUUUCAUUAUACAUAUGAAGGGAGUGUUGACAUAGACUCUGUUACAGAUCCUGCAAUGAAAGCCUCCAUUCUAGCACAAAUCAAUCACUUUGGGCAAACACCGAAGCAACUAUUCCUCAAACCACAUGUCAAAAGGCGGGUUGAUAGAAAGCUUCCUCCCCAUCCACUCAAACACUCUACUCAUCUGGUUCCUCAUGAGAUUCGUAAGAGCUCAUCUUCCAUAGCUCAGAUCGUUACUGUCAAUGAGAAAAUUCUUGUGGCAGGAACAAAUAGCUUGCUUAAACCCAAAACACAUACCAAAUAUGUUUCAUGGGGUUUCCCAGAUAGGAGCUUGAGAUUUAUGAGCUACGAUCAAGACAAACUGCUCUCUACUCAUGAGAAUCUUCAUGGAGGCAACCAGAUCCAAUGUGUUGGUGUCAGCCACAAUGGUCAGAUUCUGGUUACCGGGGCUGACGAGGGUUUGGUUUGUGUCUGGAGAAUUAGUGAAAAUGGACCACGUGCUCUUCGCCAUCUGGAGUUGGAGAAGGCACUUUGUGGCCACACGGGAAGAAUCACGUGCCUUCGUGUUGUCCAGCCUUACAUGAUGGUUGUGAGUGGAUCGGAUGACUGUACUGUUAUUUUAUGGGACCUCAGCUCUUUGGUUUUUGUUAGGCAACUUCCUGAGUUCCCAUCACCCGUUUCGGCAAUCUAUGUUAACGAAUUAACUGGGGAAAUAGUGACUGCUGCUGGCGUUAUGCUUGCUGUUUGGAGCAUCAAUGGUGACUGCCUUGCGGUGAUUAACACGUCCCAACUUCCAUCUGAUUUCAUUCUCUCGGUGACUAGUUGCACUUUUUCUGAUUGGCUGGACACAAAUUGGUAUGUAACGGGUCACCAGAGUGGAGCUGUUAAGGUCUGGCAAAUGGUUCACUGCUCUGAUGAGAGGAUUGCCCAAAGCAAGGGAACAAACCAUUUGAUAGGAGUUUUAGGGCUGGGCGACAAAAUACCUGAGUACAGGUUGGUCCUUCACAAGGUUUUGAAGUUUCACAAGCAUCCAGUUACUGCCCUUCACCUUACAAGUGAUCUGAAGCAGUUGUUGAGUGGGGAUUCUGGUGGGCAUUUGCUCUCGUGGACGCUACCAGACGAGAGAGCUUGAGAGGUUCGCUUAGUCAGGGGCGAUAAUUGAGGGAAUUUGUAUACGAGGUUUUUAUAUUCUUGUCGUUGUCUAGUUGGGCCGGCUUUUGAUUUUUUUUAUACCGAAAGCCUACGUGUCUACCAUAGUUGGGGAAAGCAAGACAACGGAGCUAGCUUCGAAUUGAGACAGGUAAAGAAAACGAAUGACAAGAAUUUUCUGGUAUCUGUAAAAAGAUGUGAAGUGGGAGAUUUUCCUGGAUACACUUGCCUUGUGGAUGAAGCAUGUGACUUGCUGUAGAUGAGAAGGCGGUGUGUGUUUUGCAUUCUAAAUGAUGUGUUUUGCAUUAUAAAUGAUUUGACGGAGAUGGGUUUUUGAUUUUUGCAGCGGAGAUGUCGGUUUACUGAUUUUUCUUGUGUGUAUAUAAUAUAGGGUAGAUGAUAGUGUGUGAUGUUGUAUAGCUGCAGAGAAGUGUUCUGAGUAGUGGAACGAUUGGUGAAAACUGACCCGGUUAGAUUGGAAGUCGAAUAGAAUUACUGGUUUUGUGUGUGCCUUCUGGAUUAGAUUUAUUUUGUGCCGAGUGCAAUGAGGCUACUGCUGCUUAUUUUUUGUUGUGGAACAUUCAUUACUCUCUCUCUCUCUCUCUCUCUCUCUCUCGUGUCAUGUAUACAUAAAAUAGAAAAUUUUCUGGGCUUGAAAUGUUCCUGGUGUACUGUUCUAGCAACACAAUCAGCUGAGAAAUGACUGUUAAUUUAAAGGUUUCAAAAUGGUUAAUUGCUUUUUUUGUU